GAAAUGGAUGCAGAGCAUAUUUAUUUACCACCAUUCCUUGAUUAUGAAGAAGAAAUGGCGGCAUGGGAAGAGGAAGAAAAUAUAUUACUUCAUUUAUAUGCUUCCAACAACAUCAUCAUAGCUCAAUAUCUUCAAGAAGAUGAUCAAUUAGUACAUAAAGGUUCAGUUUAUGGACAUAUAGUGAGAGAUCGUAAAAGGGAAGAAGGUCAUGCUCAAUUAUGGAAUGAUUACUUCUCAGAGAACCCGACCUAUGAGGAAAAUUUAUUUCGUAGGAGAUUUCGAAUGCGUAGAAGUUUAUAUUUACAGAUUGUUGAUGCCGUGAAAGCUCACGAUGAUUUCUUUGUGCAGAAGAAGGAUGGUCUUGGUAGACUUGGAUUGUCUACUUUGCAAAAAGUAACAAGUGCAUUUCGAAUGUUGGCAUAUGGAACGGCGGCCGAUUCUACGGAUGAAUAUAUACGAAUUGGUGAGUCUACUGCCAUUCUAUGUAUUAAAAAGUUUUGUCGGGCAAUCGUUGAGAUAUUUGGAAAAAAAUACCUUAGAUCACCUAAUUCCAAUGACAUUGCAAGUUUGUUAAAAAAAGGUGAAGAACGGGGCUUCCCAGGGAUGCUUGGGAGCCUUGAUUGUAUGCAUUGGUCUUGGAAAAAUUGCCCAACAGCUUGGGCAGGACAAUACUCUGGACGUGGUGGAUCCCCAACUAUCAUUCUUGAGGCAGUGGCAUCUCACGACCUAUGGAUUUGGCAUGCAUAUUUUGGCUUACCGGGCUCCAACAACGACAUUAAUGUCUUGCAAUCAUCGAAUUUGUUUGCGAAUCUCACCCAAGGUAUAGGUCUUCCUGCUCAUUAUACUAUCCAUGGCAUAGAGUUUAAUGUUGGCUAUUAUCUAGCAGAUGGUAUAUAUCCGAAGUGGUCAACUCUCGUACAAACUAUUUCUAAACCUCAAGAUCCGAAGAAACAACACUUUGCAAUGAUGCAAGAAGCAUGUCGAAAAGACGUUGAACGAGCAUUCGGAGUACUUCAAUCACGAUUUGCUAUAGUCAAGGGACCAGCUCGUUUUUGGAAUAAGUGUGUGUUACAUGAUAUCAUGUCUGCGUGCAUCAUAAUGCAUAACAUGAUUGUUGAGGAUGAGGGUGGUGAACAUGCAAGUGUUAUUAAUUCUGGUACUCCAGCUACCAUCCCCAAUGUUGAGAUGGUGGUAGAUGAAACAGAACAAUUUCAACAGUUUCUUGCCCGACAUAAAAAAAUAAAAGACAAAGAGGCUCACUAUGUUUUGAGAAAUGCAUUGGUUGAGCAUUUGUGGGAAAGACAUGGUAAUUGCCACAUUUAGAAGACAUGGUUAUUGAUGUGAAUGCUCCAUUUAUUGUUUUUGCACUUGGAGCUUUUUGAGUUUACAUGUACUGGAGCUUUGUUUUUUACUCAAGCCACUGCUCUCUCAUUUUCCCAACAUAUAUCAGUGGCUACAAUUCUCUGUAUUGCUGUUAGUUUUGUCUUUAGUAAUGGGAUGUAAAUUGGAAGAUAC